AUGACGAUUGAAGUCUUAAAGGAAGAUGAAUUCAACACAUUGGACAUACUUAACGAUAUCUACGGAGAUAAACAGGAAGAAGAUUCAGCAUUUGAUUUUGUGACACAUGAUUUUUUCAGCAAACAAGAUUCCGCAGCAAAUGAUGAUGAAACAGAGGAAUCGGCGCCCACACAUCCAGUAACCAGAAGUAAAACCCUGAAAUUUUACCCGUUAAGCCUGUUUCCAAGUUCAGGAUACAGCUCAUUGGAUUUGAUAGAAUUGGCGAAGAUAUCAUAUACAUCAGGAAGUGAUUUCAACCUACAAAAAACACAGUUUUACAAAACCUGCAUUAGUGACCGGAGUAAACUGUUUAAAUCCACAUCACCUCUGGAAGCAGGAGAAACAUUUGCCCUUAGAUCAUCAUGUAUUUCAACAACAAACCCGCCACUUUAUAUGAAGUAUUAUGUUAAGGAUGAGGAGAAUGAAGAGGAACUGAAAACGUCACUCCUCACUGAACCAAUACAGUCAUUGUUCAAAAAAAUAUUUGAAAAUGAAACUCACAAUUACAAAGUAACGAACCAGAACCCAGAAAGACUGUUUAGAAGAAAGAGAAAAAGGAAUAAAUUAAUGACAGAAACUGGUGAUAAAAAAGAAAACUGGGUAUCUAAGUACAAACCAGAAUUUUUUUCUGAUUUACUUACAAGCGAGAACGUGAAUUUAGAGUCCUUGAGGUGGUUAUCGAGUUGGAAAUGCUCCUCAAACUAUUUAGAUAAGUACGAAGAACCAGAACAUAGGAUACUCUUGAUAGGAGGUCCUCCAGGAGUAGGGAAAACAUGCCUGGUCAACGUGAUCGCAAAACAUUGUGGAUACAAUGUGGUGGAAAUCAAUUCUAGUGAUGAUAGAACCAAAGGAAGAGUGAUACCAAUAAUAAACGGAGUGGUUUCAGCAGGAUCGGUGAUCCCAAAUAAACCAAAUCUAUGCCUUCUAGAAGAUGUAGAUACGCUAUUCGGGUCAGAACUACCAAUAAUCUCAUACCUUAAACAAAUUAGCUCUAAAAAACUCGCAAAGGGAGAUCCUUAUAUUAAAAGACCUAUAAUUUGCACCUGCACAGACGUGUACGCCAGACAAUUGAAGGAACUUAGAGAUAUAUCAAAGGUUGUCAUCAUCGACACGUGCGAUCCCUCAGUGCUACAAAGUAGGCUUGAAUGGAUACUAGACGAAGAAGGGAUUUAUAUGGCAGAUGAAUUUAUAAAGGAAAUAAUAGAAACGUGUAGAAAUGAUAUAAGAUCAUGUUUAACUACAAUGGAGUUCAUAACAACUUACUCGGGUAAGGACGGGAGUUUAUCACUAUCGCAUCUAACGAAGGACGUAAAUGACGGAGUGUCGUCACUCCUGAAUACAGUUUUUAGCUACCAUAAAACAAACUUUAAAGAUUUGGAAACAAAACUCACGUCCACAGUAAAUACCAUUGGGUAUAACUACACAGCGUCAGUAAUCGCAGAAAAUGUGACGCUGAUGCCAAUGAAGAGAUUCGACCACUUGUUUAAAGUUUCAGUAUUUGAAGAUAUAAUGGCCCAAAGCGAUGUCGUGUGUAGCAGACCAGGAAAUACGUCUAAAGCAGCAAACCUCUUGAAUGUUUGUUGUUCCUUUUUGAACAAGUUUGUAUGUAAUCGGACAGUAAUAUCAACGAAGUUUGUGUACCAACAGAAAACCAGCUUCCAUUCAUUUAAUAUGAGAUUUACAAAAUCAAGAAAUUUAAUAAAUUCCAUACAAAAAAGUUCAAUGCCAAUAAUAGCUCAGGGAACUUUGUCAAGUAAUUUCCCCUGUGAACUUUUGCCCAUCAUUCUCUCAUUCCUGUCAACUGGAAAUAAAGCAAUAAAUAACCAUUCCUUACCAUUUGUUCUUAGAGUAAUUAAAGUUACAAACAAUGUUAUAGGAUUGGAUGGUUGUUUUGAAGGUUUGUUUCCAUACGGGUCAAUUAAGUUUCCAAUGUCCAUUUAUCCACUAAUUCAUUGCACCCAGAUAUUAGUCCUAUACGGAAUUUCAAUAGUUAACGUUAACCAGUCGAUAACUUUUGACCCACCAGUGUUUGACCUUUACCUGAAAACUAAAGAUGAGUCUCUACACCAAAUCCCCGAAAGAUUCUCACAGCUCAUGCUGAAUUUCAUAGAGUUCUUUAAAUCUGGGAACAAAAACUACUUCAUCGAUGACGCACACUUCACAGGCUCCUCACAGUUCAAGGUGAGUAAAUUCCUCAACUUCUUUGAAGCCGUCAAGUUCAUCUACAACAACGGCUUUGAGGAGUUCAGAAACCUAAAAACUCAAACUGAAAAGGAAGAAAUAAAGGUGAAUAAGGAGAUCCUGUGCAAAAGAACUCACCAGAAUGUCGUUCCAAUCCUCUUCUCACAAAUUUUACUUAACGACUCUUCCAUGUUGAGGGACUUUGCGAGCAAAAAGAGGAAGCUCAGCUCAAGGACUUGGGGAAAUUAUAAAUACCAAGAUCAAAACUGCUCAGCAGUGAGGUACAUUGUAAACCACCUUUAA